CUUCUUGAGCAACAAGAAGGAAUAGCCAUUCUCUCCCAUCAGUCGAUAUCCCUCAUCCCUUUCUCUCUCUAAAACUUUUUUCCUUCUCUCUCUAAAACACAGCACCUCUAAUGGCGUCUGCGAUGGUGGAAGACAGUAGCUUCGAAGAAGACCAACUCGCUUCAAUGUCGACCGAUGACGUACUUAGGGCUUCUAGGCUUCUCGACAACGAAAUUCGAAUCCUCAAGGAAGAGUUGCAGAGGACGAAUCUCGAACUGGAGUCGUUCAAGGAAAAGAUAAAGGAGAAUCAGGAGAAGAUCAAACUCAACAAGCAACUUCCUUAUUUGGUUGGGAACAUUGUGGAGAUUUUGGAAAUGAACCCUGAGGACGAUGCUGAGGAAGAUGGUGCAAAUAUUGAUCUUGACUCCCAAAGGAAGGGUAAAUGUGUUGUAUUGAAGACAUCCACACGCCAGACUAUCUUCCUGCCUGUGGUUGGUCUUGUUGAUCCCGAUAAGCUAAAGCCUGGGGAUUUGGUUGGGGUGAACAAAGAUAGUUACUUGAUCUUGGAUACCUUGCCAUCUGAGUAUGAUUCUCGAGUUAAGGCUAUGGAGGUUGAUGAAAAACCGACUGAAGACUACAAUGAUAUUGGAGGGCUUGAAAAACAGAUCCAAGAACUAGUUGAGGCUAUUGUUUUGCCCAUGACUCACCAAGAACGGUUUCAGAAAUUAGGGAUUCGCCCACCCAAAGGAGUGCUUUUAUAUGGACCUCCGGGCACUGGGAAAACACUAAUGGCUCGUGCAUGUGCAGCCCAAACUAAUGCUACUUUCUUGAAGCUAGCAGGUCCCCAACUUGUCCAGAUGUUCAUUGGGGAUGGAGCGAAACUUGUCCGUGAUGCUUUUCAACUUGCUAAAGAGAAAUCUCCUUGCAUCAUCUUCAUAGAUGAAAUCGAUGCUAUUGGCACAAAGCGGUUUGACAGUGAAGUUAGUGGGGAUAGGGAAGUUCAACGGACAAUGUUAGAGUUGCUCAAUCAGCUUGAUGGCUUUAGUAGCGAUGACCGGAUAAAGGUGAUAGCAGCAACCAAUAGAGCUGAUAUUUUAGAUCCUGCGCUCAUGCGUUCUGGUCGAUUGGAUCGUAAAAUUGAGUUUCCACAUCCCACUGAAGAAGCAAGAGCUAGAAUUUUGCAGAUCCACUCCCGAAAGAUGAAUGUUCACCCAGAUGUCAACUUUGAAGAGCUAGCUCGAUCUACUGAUGAUUUCAAUGGAGCACAACUGAAAGCUGUUUGUGUGGAGGCAGGCAUGCUUGCUCUUGUCAACGGCUUGACCUUUAUGCAGGUGAACCAUGAGGACUUCAAUGAAGGUAUCAUCCAAGUUCAGGCUAAGAAGAAAGCAAGCCUAAAUUACUAUGCAUAGGCCACACAUCUGAGAAGGUGGUGUGCGAGUUCAGACAUAGAAGGAAACCAAAGCUUAAAGUGAUAAAUUACUUCAGAAAAGUUGGAAUGUAUGAAGUCGUGAUGCAAGUUCAGCAAGGGAGGUGAGGUAGCAAUUGUUUUUACUUUGAAAGUUCCAAUUAUAAGACUUGAAAACUGAGUGACUGACAAUGACCCUUCUGGUUUUGUGUGGUUUUUAUGAUAAUUGUGUAAGCACACUGUAAUUAGGGGCAUAGUUAUUGAAUCUGUUAGAAACGACUAUGUUCAUCACUUGAUUUCUGGCUUGUUCCAGCUAUAUCAUCCUGUUUCGGUCAUGCCGGGCUGUCUUCCAGCCAGUAUAUGUGCAUUUUUUUGGAGGUUUUUUUAAUAUUAUGCUUUGUUUGCAUUGGUUGAAUACA